CUUUAUCAUCAAUCAAAUCAAAAACAAAAGAAAAAGAGAGAAUGGCCGUUGCCUUCUCUCCCCGCCUAAGACCACACAUUGCCAUUCGUAUCUUUGCUCAGUCUCUCCUUCCUACGACCACAACCCUUAGUAACUCAAUUCUUCCGAAACCUCGCUUAUGCUUCUCCUCCGCUCAUCAUUCUUCUCCUCUGCCUCGUCGGAGAUGCUGCUGCACUCUCAUCUCAUCUGCCGGCGAAGACAUUAAGCCGCCGGAAAAUGUCGAUUCCGGUAGUAAAGUCGGACUGUUUCGUAAGAGGUUGAAAAUUGCUGAUAUUAAGGGCGGUCCUGACCAGGGUUUGGAUCGUUUAGGCCAUACUUUGCUCGUUCGAGGCUGGGUUCGCACCAUUCGGAUGCAGAGCAGCGUCACUUUUAUUGAGGUGAAUGAUGGGUCGUGUCUCUCAAAUAUGCAAUGUGUGGUGAGCUCAGAUGCUGAAGGUUAUGAUCAGGUAGAAGCCGGUUGCAUCUCCACAGGAGCAUCAAUCUUGGUCCAUGGCACCAUAGUUGGAAGCCCAGGAUCGAAACAGAAAAUUGGUGAAAGUGAUUCUUCGUUUCCUAUACAAAAGAAAAGGGUUAGCAGAGAGUUUUUGAGGACUAAAGCUCAUCUUCGCCCUAGAACCAAUACUUUUGGUGCGGUUGCAAGGGUGAGGAAUGCUUUAGCCUAUGCUACACACAAAUUCUUCCAAGAGAAUGGGUUUGUCUGGAUCUCAAAUCCAAUUAUCACUGCUUCAGAUUGUGAAGGUGCUGGUGAACAAUUUUGUGUGACUACUUUGAUUCCAACCUCCCUGGAAGCUAUGGAUUCUUCUGCAGGUAAAAUCCCAAAAACAGAUGAGGGUUUGAUUGAUUGGUCGCAGGAUUUUUUUGGGAAGCCGGCAUUUUUGACUGUCUCAGGCCAACUUAAUGCUGAAACUUAUGCUACUGCUCUUUCUGAUGUAUAUACAUUUGGCCCAACAUUUCGAGCUGAG